AUGCCUCAGGACCGAUCUAAUGAUAUGCACCUCAGGACUACACAGCGGGCGCCUCGUAGCUGCCGAUCAUGCACAUCUCGAAAGGUCAAGUGCGAUAAGGCGGUGCCGUGCUCGACAUGCAUCAAACGCGGAGAGGCUGACGCCUGUGCGCGAGAGAUGGUUAUUGUACGAGGUGAAGUCACAAUAUGGAAGGAUGAGCAGCUACCUACCUACGAGGAGCUGCGCCACGAGAACAAACGACUGCAAGAAGAGAUCAACUGUCUCCGGGCUGAAAAUAAACAGCUAAUUGACAGCAAGGCUGCUUCCGAGUUACCUGGGCUAUCGCUGAGACAAUCGCGCGCCGUAGAGCAUGACAAUGAAGGUUUAGAGGAGGAAUUGUGGAAAAGUCUUGCUGUGGCAUCAGCCGCCUCGAGGUCCAGCGUCUCAAACUGGGACGACAUUGUUUUGCCGAACGCAGGGUGUAGCAAACAGCUUGUCGCGUAUGACAAGGUGUGGAAUUCAUGGGUACACUAUGCUCUUGAAUACCCGAGCUUUGAGAAGGAGUGUACCAGUUUCACUGCAGCGAUGGACAGAGGUUUCGAUCGCAGAAAAUUAUCUCGCAUGUGGUACGAUGCUGCUAUCUUCUCCCUCUACCGCGCCGACUUUAUGAGGGUUCCCCACAUCCACACCGUUCAAGCCAUAGCAAUCCUGGGCAUGUGCUUCAACAACUGGGGAGACGUGGAAGUUGGUCAGCACAUGUGGAGCUGUGCCCUACGAAUAGCUCGGCGAAUUGCCUUGAACACCCCCUAUUCGAAUGCGGCCGCUGCAUGUCUGAGUGCAGAAGCCCAGCACCGGCUAUGGUGGACACUGGUAAUUUCACAUGUCAAAUUUAUGUGGGAAGGAAUGAAGAAGGUGAAAAAUAAGGGAAAAACUGACAACUUUGGUGGGGAUGGCAGGUUAAAAUUGCCUUAUCGGCCUCCAGAAGUCGACGAUACGGAUUUUGACGUGCCUCUUCCAUCUGCCACCUUAACAGAAGCGGGAGAAGACGAGGCUGCUCAUUACCAUGUUCACUAUCACAUUUUUAUGGCGCGGACGGCAGCCGCCGUAUACCGCUUCCGUGCUGCAAUUAAAUCGGGCUCUGGAUCCGCUGAAGAGACAAUUACAGCCGUCAAAACCGUCGACGAGGAAUUAGCAGAAAUUAUCGACAGCCUUCCUCCCCUUCUUCAGCCUGACACUGAUAUCGCAGAUGGAAAUUUGCACCGGCUUGAGCUUGCGCACCCUUGGAUCAAGUGGCAGCGGCGCGACCUGACCUUGGUCCUUCUGCAUAUGCGCCUACGCAUCCAUCGUGCCCUUCAUGAACAGUGGCUAUCAUCUUCUGGUCACCACAAUUGGGCAAGAACCGUCAGCGUUAAUUCAGCCAUGAGUAUUAUCUGGAUCAACCGCAAUUGGGAUCAACCAGCCUCUAUGCGAAAGCAAUGGUAUGCCCAGGUCCUGGCGAUGGUUUCCCAAAAUAACCACUAA